AUGGACGCCUUUAGGUUCCUCUUGCUCGCCUCCCUCGUCCUCCUCCACCGGGCAAUUGGAGAUGACUCUGAGACAGAGGUGAUUGGAGCCGUGGGUGGGUCCGUCACCUUCUACAUCCACGACCUGGCUGGAGGUACAGCCUUCUGGAACUUUGGAAAUGCACCCAUAGUGAGCGUGGAAUUUGGUGAACCUCCUGUAGCCCUGUUUUCAGACAAAAUAUACAAGACACGCUGCAUCAUCUCGGAGCAGGGCAGGGCCCUCACCAUCUCCCAGCUCAGGUUGGAGGAUGCUGGGAUCUACUCAGCACAGAAUCUGCAGGCAAAAUCCACCUUCACCCUCCACGUGUACAGCGAGCUGGCAGAGCCCAGGGUGAGCUGCGAGGCCCAGAACUGCUCGGCCGGUGGUUGCCGCUACGGCCUGCGCUGCGCCCUGCCCGGGGCCGGGGCCCAUUCCCCCGGGCUGGGGAACGUGUCCUACGGCUGGAGCGUGGGGGAGCAGCCCCGGGGAGAGGGGCCCACGCUGCUGGUGGAGGAGUCAGCCCCGCAGGAGCCGGUGCCGCUGACGUGCUGGGCACGAAACCCCGUCAGCAGCCGCAACGUCACCGUCCGGCCCGCCCAGCUGUGCGGCGCCUCUAACGCAACAAGAGAAAACCCAAAGGGGGGAGAGACCUCCAGGACCAUCUACUCCACCCUCAAGGCUCCAGCCCAGACAGACGACGAGAAGAUGGUCAGCAGCGCGUUGGGGGCCCAGGAGGUGGAUGAGAAGAGCGUUUACUCGUUGGUCAUCUGA